AUGGUUGAGGGAAAGCAUUUGGUCGAUUUCGACUCUGCCUCAGCCUUCUCCCGCGAUAUGACCCAACUUCCAUCGUCCGCCCCAUCUAAUCAUCCUACAUCAUUCAUUCACCCCAUCCGAUCCUCCUACAUUUCUCCACUGCCAAUCCGUGUUGCUACUCUUCCUCCUACUUCUAACUCUUUCCCAACCCUUCCUAGUUCUUUGCUGCUACCACCCGUGAUCUCUUCACCCUCGCCGUCGAGCAACCCUGCUCUGCCACCAGCUUCCCCAUCUAGACCGACUCCUACUGCAAAAAAGAAUUACUGUGAGGAUGAAGGUAGUGAUGAUAGACGUUCUGCUGGAAAUGAAGAUGUUGAUUACAUCUAUCCAUUGGAUUCGAUGGUCAAUGCAACCUCAUCUGAGGCCCAUUUUAUAAAGGAAUGUGAAGAUCUUCAUGCCCUUAGUAUUGCUGAAAUGAAUACACACGAUAAGGAAGUUUGUGGCAAAGCCACUGGAAGUGGUAUUGGGAACGAUUUUAUUACAGAGAUGAAUUGAACGUAAUGCAUGGAGACAUUGAAUGUAGGAGCCAAGUCACACACUCGCAGGGAUAGAGAGGUGAGAACUCUGCUAUUGCGGAGGUGAAUAAUGUUGAACUCCUAAUGAUACGAUGAGUUAGGCCAAAGAAUCUGAGGAUGCUUUGUGUUAUUUCUCAGCUAAAGCAGUUAUAGAUGGACAAGCCUGCCAUUGACACGGUAAAGAGAAUGAAGCUAUAUGCAGAUUCACUUGAACGCUUUCAAGAUGGAUCUCCUUAUAUUUAUCCUCUAUAUAAGCUUGGAGAACUGCCAUAGGAUUUUGCUCAUCUUAGUGUUGUUUAUGGUGGCACCUAUAUGCUCAACAAACUAGAAUGCAAGGUUGAGUUUGACCAAAAUAGAAAAGCAUCUCAACAAAACUAUAAUACUAAGCUUGCGGGAAUGAACUAGAGCUGCAAAAUUUUUGAUCCAGGACGGUUACUAAUGGUUUCUACACCUACCUCCUUACCGUUGACAUGCCUCGACAGAGUCAAACUUUUUGAAACUAGGGGAGUAUGAUGUAGGAACAUCUUUAGUAGAAUACUCCUUAAUAAUAGUUUAUCAUAGUUUGUUAUAAGUUUGUUACUUAUAAAUAACUGUUGACGUUGCUUCGAAUUUGGCUUGACCCUUGGUUGUUCAUGUCCUUACUCAUCGUACGCUUAGUAGAUACGGCGGAGUUUGGCCUAAACUAAUUUUGGUUGUAAGGGUAUUUUGGCUCUAUAAAUAUGUUGUCAAGGGCUUAGGAUUUAUAAGUAGUUUUGUAUUCUCCUCUUCUCUGUAGUGAAACCAAUAUCUUGUGUUUAUUUGUGUUUAGCAAAUUGUGAUUUGUUAUUUCUCUUUUUGUUUGGUUUAUCGUUCUCUAACAAUAAUGUCUCUAUACAAUGUGUUUAAUUCUGAUAGGGCUGCAAUUGCCUAAACACUAUAAUAUUUUAACUUUUUAGGACGGGCAAUUGCAUAAAUACUCUUAUAAUACAGAAUAAAAAAUAGAUAGAAGAGAACAAAUUACCUAAGAGUAUAGCUGAAUAGCGAAUAAAUUACUUCAAAAAUCUCAAAAAAAAAAAAAAAAUUCCUUAUU